GUGUGUGUGUGUGUGUGUGUGUGUGUUGGUCCCUGCAGAGGAGGAGAGCGGAACUGAAGGUCACAGCAUCAUCAUCAUCAUCAUCAUCAUCAUCAUAAACAUCGAUAUUAAAAGCUGAUCGAUCAUCUGAUCGAGGAGAGACGUGAGACAGCUACUGCAUCCCGCCUGUCUCACCGCUGCCUGUCUGUCUGUCAGCCUCCAGCUCCUCCACCCACCCAUCCGCCUGCCUGCCUGUGCCUCCGCCCGCCUGUCGUCAUGGGGAACCGGGGGAUGGAGGAGCUCAUCCCGCUGGUGAACAAGCUCCAGGACGCGUUCGCCUCCAUCGGACAGAACUCGAACUUCGACCUGCCGCAGAUCGCGGUGGUGGGCGGGCAGAGCGCGGGGAAGAGCUCGGUGCUGGAGAACUUCGUGGGCAAAGACUUCCUCCCUCGUGGUUCUGGUAUCGUCACUCGUCGUCCUCUCGUGCUGCAGCUCAUCACCUGUCCAACAGAGUUCGCAGAGUUCCUGCACUGUAAGGGGAAGAAGUUCACCGACUUCGAUGAAGUCCGUCAGGAGAUUGAAGCUGAGACGGACCGGGUCACCGGGCAGAACAAAGGGAUCAGUCCGGUCCCCAUCAACCUGCGGGUCUACUCUCCUAACGUAUUGAACCUGACUCUGGUGGACCUGCCCGGGAUGACGAAGGUUCCGGUGGGCGACCAGCCAGCCGACAUCGAGCAUCAGAUCAGAGACAUGCUCAUGCAGUUUGUCACCAAGGACAACUGCCUCCUAUUGGCCGUUUCUCCUGCCAACUCUGAUCUCGCCAACUCCGACGCUCUGAAGAUUGCCAAGGAGGUCGACCCGCAAGGUCUGAGGACCAUUGGUGUGAUCACCAAACUUGACCUGAUGGACGAAGGAACCGACGCCAGAGAUAUUCUGGAGAACAAACUGCUGCCGCUACGCAGAGGUUACAUCGGCGUGGUGAACCGCAGUCAGAAGGACAUCGACGGGAGGAAAGACAUCACAGCGGCUCUGCAGGCCGAGAGGAAGUUCUUCCUGUCGCACCCGUCAUACCGACACCUGGCUGACCGCAUGGGCACCGCCUACCUGCAGAAAGUCCUGAACCAGCAACUGACCAACCACAUCCGGGACACGUUGCCAGGGUUACGCAGCAAGCUUCAGAGCCAGCUGCUGUCCAUCGAGAAGGAGGUAGAGGAGUACAAGAACUUCAGACCAGAUGACCCGGGACGCAAGACCAAGGCACUGCUGCAAAUGGUGCAGCAGUUCGCUGUGGACUUUGAGAAGAGGAUCGAAGGUUCUGGAGAUCAGGUGGAAACAUAUGAGCUGUCAGGAGGAGCCAAGAUCAACCGAAUCUUCCAUGAACGCUUCCCCUUCGAGCUUGUCAAGUUGGAGAGCGAUGAGAAGACUCUUCGAAAAGAGAUCAGCUACGCCAUCAAGAACAUCCACGGCAUCAGGACAGGUCUGUUCACACCUGACAUGGCGUUUGAGACGAUCGUGAAGCGUCUGAUCGCUCAGAUCAAAGAACCGUGUCAGAAAUGUGUCGACAUGGUGAUCAGCGAGCUUGUCAACACCGUCAGGCAGUGCACGCAGAAGCUGGCUCAGUACCCGAUGCUCAGAGAGGAGAUGGAAAGAAUUGUCACUCAACACAUCAGAGACCGAGAAAGUCGCACCAAAGACCAGGUGAUGCUGCUGAUUGACAUUGAGUUGGCGUACAUGAACACAAACCAUGAAGAUUUCAUCGGCUUUGCAAAUGCUCAGCAGAAGAGUAGUCAGAUGAACAAGAAGAAAGCAGCUGGAAACCAGGACGAGAUCAUGGUGAUCCGUAAAGGUUGGCUGACCAUCAACAACAUCAGCAUCAUGAAGGGCGGAGCUAAGGAGUACUGGUUCGUCCUGACGGCCGAGACUCUGUCCUGGUACAAAGACGAUGAGGAGAAAGAGAAGAAGUACAUGCUGCCUGUCGACAACCUGAAACUCAAAGACAUCGAGAAGAGCUUCAUGUCGAGUAAACACAUCUUCGCCCUGUUCAACACAGAGCACAGGAACGUUUACAAAGAUUACCGUCAGCUGGAGUUGGCCAGUGAGUCUCAGGAAGAAGUCGACAGCUGGAAGGCUUCUUUCCUACGAGCUGGAGUGUACCCUGAACGCACCGUGGAUAAAGAGAAGGUGGAGGUGGAGGAGGCGAGCGGGGAUGGACACAUUCACAGUCUGGACCCUCAGCUGGAGCGACAGGUGGAGAUCGUCAGGAACCUGGUGGACUCGUACCUGUCCAUCAUCCACCGCACCGUCAGAGACCUGAUCCCCAAGACCAUCAUGCACCUGAUGGUCAACAAUACAAAGGAGUUCAUCCACGCUGACCUGCUCGCUCAGCUUUACUCAUGUGGAGACCAGAACACCCUGAUGGAGGAGUCCCAGGAACAGGCUCAGCACCGGGAUGAGAUGUUGAGGAUGUACCACGCCCUUCGUGAAGGCCUCAGCAUCAUCGGUGACAUCAGCACAUCGACCAUCACCACGGCGAUGCCACCUCCUGUCGAUGACUCGUGGCUGCAGGUGACAGGGAUGCCGUCAGGACGCAGGUCCCCCAUGUCCAGUCCGACCCCUCAGCGCCGGGCCCCUCCAGGACCUCCUCGUCCAGGGGGUCGCGCAGCACCUGGGCCUCCAUCCCGUCCAGCGGUGUCACCUGACCCUGGACCCCCGCCCUCCGUUCCCUCCCGACCCAACAGAGCGCCCCCACCUGGAGUCCCCAGUCGUUCCAGUAAAGGUAGCCCUGCCCAUGGAGAGAGCCCCCAGUCUUCUAUUGAGGGUUAACCUGAACCUGAACCAAGUGUGUUGAUGUGAACUGUUCUGGUAUCAACUGAUGCUGUGUUACUGUGAACCUUACUAUGAUGAUAAGAAGUAUCAGCACAUUAUGACUAUAUAGCAAAAUACUACUGCAAUAUUGAGUGUAUAGAUGUGUCGUCCAGCUGUCUGUCUGCCCAGGAGAGUGAGACUGGUGUUCUGCCUGUCUGUCUGUUUCCUCACACUGUUUUACAUCAGGUUUCUGAAGUACUGUAAACUCCUCUCUGGAUAGGUAGCUAGCCAGAUAGCUAACAAGCUAGCUAGUUGCAUCGACUCCUGGAACAAAAUAUUUAAUUUUUAUUUUCUGUCUCGUUUGAAGCUGAUGAGAUGAUUUUGUUUAAGAACUUUUCUUUACAGUGUAAAGUUUACAUAUUGUUUAACUUAUUUAUUUAUGCAUCUAUUUAUUGAUAUCCAUCUUAAAGACAACAGUACUGAUGUUAGCUGUCACCCCAUUGUUUAGCAUUGUUUUAGCAUCAAUGAAUCUCGCCUGUCUUCUUGUCCUUCUGUUUUCUUCUAAUGAGAUCUGGUUCAAACUAGUUCCAGCUGCUUCUUACUAGUUUUGAAGUCGUUUGACUUGCAAACUGCCAACAGCAGCUGGUCUCCAGUGUGGGAGUGUCGCUAACGUCCAGGAAAUGAUCCGUUCAUCAACAUUAUGACAGAUAUGAAAUAAAAACAGGGUUUGUAGCAAUAGAAAUUCAUCAUAUCAACGUCUUUACUGUAGUUUAAUGUGUUCUGUUGUUGAUUUGAUGGAUGAAUGCAGUACUUCACAGUACUUUCUGAGUUUUACUGCAGUAUUCAUGUUUAAACUAUACCUGCUGAUCUAUUUAUCGUGUGUUGUCCGUCAUGUCAUGGUGAUUCUGUCGAGUUUGUGGAGCUCUGAGCUGCGUUCAACACCUGGCGCUUAGCCGAACGUUAGCAGAGUGUUAGCACAACGUGUUUGUAGCUGUGAAGUGUCAGAUUAACAUCAGCAUGAACGUUUUUUAAACGUUGUUUUAUGAUUUUGAAUGUCAGUUGAUGAUCCAUAAUGUGUUGCUAAACAUGUCACUCUGCAGCGGCGUGUUGAACGCAGCUCGGCCUCCCACACACACCUGUGAUCGUGGAUAGUUUGGUAGAAACAUAAAUAUAACGUUUACAGAACAUAUGGAGAUAAUAAUAAUGUACGGUAUACAUGUGAAAAACGUAUUUAUAGAAAUUUAUGAAAUAUGAGGCCCAACUGUAUUGUAUGUUAGUGUGUGUGUUUGUGUGUUUGUGUGUGUGUGUGUAGUUUUGUUGUGUAUAUAUUAGUGUCAUGUGAUCAGGGCCAACAGAGACAUGUUGACGUGAAUAAAGUUUGUGUGAAUGAAGAC